AGGUACAAAUUAUGUGCUGUUAGAGGUAUUGAAGAACUUUUAACUCUGUUUUUAAAACACCAAAUUCUCAGUAGUACAGUAAACCUUACUUAUAAUACAUACAAUAAAUCAUUAUUCAAGUCAUCAAGAUGUCAAGUAUUUGGAAUUUUGUUGAUGAGGUUGAUGAGGAUCAGAUAAUGGAUAACUACAUACAAGUAUUGGAAAACGAUUAUAUUUCUGAACUUGAUAGUGAACUUGUUAGUGCUGUUGGUACACAAGAUACAGAAACCACGGAUUCAAUAUUGGAAAAUGAUUAUAUUUCUGAACUUGAUGUUAGUGCUGCUGGUAUACAAGAUACAGAAACUAAGGAUUCAAAUUCGUGGUCAUCAAGUGCUACCAAGUUACUAAUAACAUUAAGAGGAGCUUGCCAUGAAAAAUUUGAGAAGAUCAAAAAAAAGGGAAAAAAAUUAGAACAGUGGGAUGUGAUUUCAAAAGAAAUGAAAGCAAAAAAUAUUAAUGUAAGUCCUAAGCAAUGCGACGAAAAAUGGCGAAGGUUAUUAACUCGUUUUCGACAAGUGAGGGAUGCAUCUAAAAAGUCUAGGAGUGGUGGAAUAAAAUGGCAGUAUUAUAUAUUAAUAGAAAAUGCCAUAUCAUCUACAGCCAGACAAACAAUUUCACCACCAAAAAAUUUGUUACAUGAGUCAACCAAAGUUACAAACAGUUCUAUUGAAAUGCCAGAGUUAGAAUCUUCAAUAUCACUUUCAACAACAUCCGAAUCAUCUUUUACAGGAACACCAAAACCUUUAUUUAGCCAAAACAGUCAUGAAAAGAUACCUGCUUGGUUUACUAAGUUUGAAAAGUUAAGAAAUGAUCAACUAGAGGCAACUAAUAAUAAUGCAAAUCAACUAAACAUGCGUCUUGACAAGUUGGAAAAAAGAGAUGAAAUGAUGCUGAAUACUCAAGAAAAAUUAUUAAAAAAAUUAGAUGAUGCAAAUCAAAUUGAAAUUCAAAAGAUGGAACUUUUCAAAAAAAUUUAUGACAUCAACACAUAAUGUACUUAUUUUUUCAAUAUUUUAAUUUGAGACCAGUAUUACAAAGUUUUUUCAUUGGUAUAGUAAAGAGAGGGCCAGUUUUUAUUUUUAUUUUGUUAUUUACAUUUUCAAUUUGUUUUUAUU